CUGUCAUUCUGCACUUGGAUUUGGAGCUGAGCUGUUAGAGAAACUGGGAGCUGGACUCUGGAGAUUUGAAACGCUGGAAAGCAUCUGAAGAAUGGACCUUGUUGAAGAACAAACUCAGUGGAUUAGUGACAGAAGAAGGAGAAAACCGACCCGCUGGACAAACGGAUCAGACAGAAGAGCAGCUGCUGUUUGGAGGCCUGACAGACCUGGAGAGUCAGCACACAGGUCUCCUGAUGUGAUUGUGGACCUUCUCACCUCUGAGACGAUGGAUAAGUGGCCUUUGAAUGGUGUUCUGUACACAUGUUUUAUAAAAUGCACUAGUUUUUCUCCUUACUCUUUGCCUGCUCUUCUCUUUUAUUGUCCUUAUUUCAUCAUGUUCUCCUUCUUCCUCUCCUACUAGUCUUCUUCUCUGUCUUCUAAUCCUUCUCUUCCUCUCCCUCUCCUCCUUUAUCUGCUUCUUCUCUUCCUCUCACCAUCUCAUCCCUUUCCUUCCAUUUAUUUUGUCCUCCUUUCCCCCCUUCUACUUCUACUGCCUUCAUUUUUUCUCUAUUUUUUGCCUCAUUUUACUUUUUUCUUCAUGUUUUCUUCCUUUCUUCUACUGUUUCUUCAUCACCUUCCCUCCCUCAUUCUACUCCUUGUUCUUCUUUCAACUCCUUCUUUAUCUCCAUCUUCUUUUCCUCCUCCUUCUCCUCUAUCAUCUUCUCCUCAUCUCUUCAUACCUGUACUCCUUGUUUUUCUGUCUUUCUCCUUUUCUCCACCUCCUUCACUUCUUUUUUUCUUUCCUCCUUCUCCUUUUUUCUCCUCUUCCUAUUUUGACUUAUUCUUAGCCUUUCCUCUUCUUCUGUCUUCUUGUCCUUCUUUCUCCUCAUUCUGUCAUUUUCCUCUUCUUUUUUCAUCUCCUCUUCCCUCCACUCUGUUAUUCUUCCUCCUUCUCUAUUACUACUCCUCCUUCCAUCUUCUGCUUCUUUCUCCUCUUUCUUCUGUCUUUGUCUCCUUCUUUCUCCUUCUCCACUGUCUUAUUUGUUUCUUUGCCAUUCUUCUCUUCAUCCUUUUUCUUGUUCUUUUAUUUUCCUCCCUCUCCUUUUUCUUCUCCUCGUUCACUCUUCAUUGUCUCCUUACACAGCUUCCUUUACCUCUUGUUCUUGCGUUUUCUUUGUCCAUCUUCACUCUUCAUUCUUUUGUUGUUCUUCUUGUCACUCUUUUCUUCUCCUCUUCCUUCUUUUUCAUCUACUCUUUUUUUCUUUGUGUUCUCCUUCCUCUUCUACCUGUUCUUUUUCAUCUCUUCCUCUAUUACUCAUUGUUCCCCCUCUUUCUACUCUUCCUCACUCUCUUCCUCAGUGUUUUUGUCUCCUCCUCAUUUUCUCCUCCUUCUUCUCCUUCUGUCUUGUCAUUCUUUUCUUAUCCCAUCCUUGUAUUUUUUUUACUCCUUCAUCCUCUCCUUUGUUUUCUUCUCCUCUUCCCCUUUAUUUUCAGUUGUCCUCCUUCCUUUCCUUCUACUGCUUCUUUUCCAGCUCUUCCUCUUCCCUCCUUGUUCUUCCUCAUUCUUUCCUUCUCAUCCUCCUCCUUCUGUCUUUAGCUUUUUCUCCUCCUUUUGGCUUCUUCUAAUUUUCUCCUCUUUUUCCUUUAUUUCUCCUUGUCCUUCUCUGUCCUCCAUUUCUUUCUCCUUCUGUCAUCUUUUCCUGCUUCUGUCUUCUUAUUUUUUCCUCCCUGUGCUCCCUCAUCAUUCUUCUUCUCCUUCUGGCUUCUCCUUCUUCCUAUUCCUCCCUUUUCUGUCUUCUUCUUUUUCCUUCUGUGUCUUGUUCUUCUUUCCCCAUUGUCCUUCUUUCUACCUCUUCUGUCUUUUUCUCCUUUUUCUUCCUCCUUCCUCUUCUUCUCCUCCCUUCUUGUCUUCUUAUCGUUUCCUUAUUUCUCUUCCUCCUCCUUUCUCCAACUCCUACUUUUUCCUCCUUUGUCUUCCUCUCAAUCUUUCUCCCCAUUCUCUCUUGUUCUGCUUCUUUCUUCCUCUGUUCUCUUCUCCUUUUUUAUUUUCCUUUUCACUUCCUCAUUCUAUUCUACUCCAACCUUCUUCUCUGUCUUCUUCCACUUCUUUCUCUAUCUCCUUCCUCUUCUUUUUUCUCUUCCUCCCUUUACUUCUUGCUCCUCAUUCCUUCUUCCUCUCUUCUCCUUCUUUCUCAUCUUCCUUCUUUGUCUACUCUGCUCGUCCUCAUUCCUCUCUCUUCCUCAUUCUGUCUACUUUUAAUUUCCUUCUCUUCCUUCAGUUCUCUUCCUCAUUCUUUUCUUUUUCAACUCCCAUUUUUCUCUGUCCUCUUUGUUCUUCUACUUUUCUUCCUCUCCUCUAGCCCUUUCUCUCUCCCUCCUACUUCUCCAUCUCUUUCUCUCUUUACUCUUUCUGCUUCGUCCUCCUCCUUCUCUUUUCCUUUUCUACCUUUUUUCUACUCCCCAUUCUGUCUUCUCUCUCUUCCUCCUUCUCUCCUCCAGUCCUCUCAUUCUUUCUCCUCCUUUUCAUUCUUUUUAAUAGUCUUCCUGUCAUCUUCUCCUCCCAUUUCUCCUUCCUCUUCUCUGUUCUCUCUACUUCCUUCUCCCCUUUUCCUUUGUUCUACUUCUUCUUUCUCUCCCUCUGUUUACAUCUCUUCAUCCCCUUUACUCCUUGUUGUAUUUCCUCAUUCUUCUCUUCUUCCUCUUGUUUUUCAUAUCUUGCUCCUUUUUAGUGCUUGUUAAUAGUCUUCCUGUCUUCUUCUUCUCCUUUUUUCCUCCAUACUCUUCUGUUCUCUCUUUUCCUUUGUUCUCCUUCCUUCUCUCCCUCUGUUUACAUCUCUUCAUCCCAUUUACUCCUUGUUCUUUUUCCUCAUUCUUCUCUUCUUUCUCUUGUUUUUCAUGUUUUGCUCUUCUUCCUCCUCAAUAUAUUCUCCCUCAUUCUUCUCACCUCUCCCUUCUUCAUCUCCUCAUCCUUAUCUUCUUCUUUCUGUCUUUGUCUUAUUCUUUCUCCUCUGCUCUUCCUCAUUCCUCUCUUCUCCUCCUCCUUCUGUCUACUUAUUCAUCUCUUCCUCAUUCUUUUCUUCUUUUGCUCCCCAUUUUUCUCCUUCCUCUUCUCUUUAUUGUCCUUUUUUCUUCCCAUUCCCAUUUUUCUUUGUUCUCCUCCCUCUCCCAAUGCAUCUACUACUUUUCCAUCUUAACCUCUUCUCCUUUAUCCGUCUUCUGUCUUCUCCUUUUCAUUAUUUUAUUGUCCUUCUGCUGUCUACUCCUCUUCCUAUUUUAUUCUUCCUCCUCUUCUAUUCUCCUUUCUUUCUUCUCCUCUUCCUCUUUCUACUCAUUUUUUCUUUAUUUUCUUUCCUCUUCUACUCAUUUUUCUUCAUCUCUUCCUCCCUUUACUCUUUGUUCCUCUCCUUCCUUCUUCUCAUUCUCUCCCUCAUUCUUUUAGUCUCGUCUUCUUCUACUCCUUCUCAUUCAUUUCUUCUUCUGUCUUGUCAUUCUUAUCCCAUCCUCCCAUUAUAUUGUCCAUCCUCCUUUUCUUCUCCUUUUCCCAUUUUUUUCUUCAUCCUCUCCUGCUAGUUUUUGAAUUCUCCCUCCCUUUACUCCUUGUUCUUCCUCCUCCUCCUUCACUUUGUCCUCAUUGUUCGUCUGCUCCUCCUUCUCUGACUUCUACUUCUUUCUACUUCUGUCUUCUCCUUUUUCUGCCUUCUACUAAUUUUCCUGUCUCUGCUCCUUGUUCUUCUUUCUCCCUCUUUCUUUUCUUCUUCUCCUUCUGCCUUUUCCUUCUUCUCCUUUUCAUUCUUUCUAAUAGUUCAUCUCUCUUCUACUACUACUACUAUUUUUUUUGUCCUUCCCCCCUCUGUUUGCUUUUCUUCUCCUCCCCCUUUAUGUUCUCCUCCUUCUUCCUCUCCAACUACAUUUCCAUCUCUUUGCCCUCUACUCCUUGUAUUUCUUCCUCUUUGUCUUUCUCAUUCUUUUAACCUCCUCCUUUUCCUUGUUUUUUCCUUUUCCUCUUCCCUCUAUCUUCCUCUUCUACUCCUUCUCCUAAUUUUUCUUUCCUGCUUCUGUCUUCUCCUACUUUCUCCUCCUCUUUUGUAUUUAUCUUCUUUGUCCUCCUCCUUCUGUCACCUUUUCCUCUUGUUUUUCAUCUCUUACUUCUCUUCCUCUUCCUUCUCUGUUCCUUUUGUCUUUUCUUCCUUCCUCCUUUUGUCUUUGGGUCCAUUUCUUCUUCAUUCUACUCAUCCUUCUUCCUCUUUCUUUUCUAUUCCUAUUCCUUCUGGCUUUUUGUUUUCCCUCUUUUUCUCUUUCUUUUCUUCUUCUGUCUUUAUUGUCUCCUUAUGCUACACCCUCUUAUCUCUUCCUCCCUUUUCUCCCAUCUUCUUUUUGUCCUUUUUCAUUCUUCCUUCUUGUCAUUCUUGUCUUGUCUUCCUCCAUUUUCUCCCAUUUUUUUCUUCAUUUUUGUCCUCCUUCCUCUUCUACAACUCAUUUUUCUUCAUCAGUUCCUUCUUUUACUCUUUGCUCCUCUUCUUCUUCUACUCUCCCUCAUUCUCUUCUAAAUCUUUUCACACUCUCUUUCUCAUCCCUUCCUCCCUUUAGUCCUUGUUCUUCUAUAUUCUUUUUUCAUUAUUUUCUUCACUUCUUGUCAUUCUUGUCUUCUCCUCUUGCUUAAUGCUUUUCUUCUCUACCUCCUUUGUUCUUUUUUAUCCUCUGUGCCUUGUUUCUUUUUUCUCUGCCUCUCCUACCAUUUCUACUACUUUUCCAUCUCUUCCUCCCUUUACUCCUCGUUCUUCUUCUUGCUAUGUACUACUACUUUUGUCCUCAUUCUCCUCCUUCCUCUUUUACAACUCAUUCUUCUCCAUCUCUUCCUCCCUCUACUCCUUGUUCCUCUUCCUCCUUUUUCUCCUUCUACUCUUCCUCAUUCUGUCCCUCAUUCAUUUUAUCUCUUCCCUCUUCUUCCCAUUCUUAUUUUCUCCUCCUGUUCCCUCUGUCUUCUUUCUUUCUCCUCUUCCUUCUUUCUUUUCUUCUUCAUUCUCCUGUCUCCUUCUUCUCCAUUUUUUCUCAUCCCUCUUCUCUCCUCAUUGUUACUCUUUCUUCUACUUCUGCUACUUUUCCUCCCUUUACUCCUUGUUUUUCUUCCUUCUUCUCUUCCUCCUUUCCUUCUUCUCCUCUUCUUUAUUCUUCAGCCAUUAUUUUCCCUCCUUAUUCUUCUCUUUUCCUCCUUUAUCUUAUUCUCAUCUCCUUCUUCUGUCUUCUGGUUUCUCCUGUCUUUAUUGCAUCUUUCUUCCUUCGCUUCCUUCUGAUAUCUCCUUUCUUCUCCUUUGUCUGCAUCUCCUGCUUCCUCCUCCGCCUGUCACUUUCUUUUUCAUCUCUUCCUUCCUCAUUUCCUUGUUUAUCUUUGUCCUUAUUCUUUUCCUCAUUUUCCUUCCUCUUUUUCUCAUCUUUUUGAAGAUGCUUCCUUCUUUUUCUGCUCUUCCUUCUACAUUUAUUUGCCUUUUCCCCAGUCUUUACUUCUCCUCUUGUCGUCUCCAUCUUUCUUCUCCUCCUAUCUUUUUCUCCUUUCUUCUCCUCUAUUCUGUCAUCUUCUGCUUUGCCAUUCUCUAUAUUCUGUUGCUUCUUUCUUCUUCUCAUCUUUCUCCUUUUAUUGGCCUUCUUCCUGUCCUCAUUCGUUUCUACAUUAUCUCCUGUCAUUUUGUUCUUUGUCCUCUACCUUCUCUGUCCUCUUCUACCUGCUAUUUUUCAUUUUCUCCUUCUUUUCCUUAUUCUUUCCUUCUCUUUGUUCUUUUCCAUUGCUUCCUUUUUUCUUUCAUGUUCUCCUCUUCCCUUUCUUCUCCUCCCCUUUUUCUUUGUUCUCCUUCUUUCUCUCCCACUAUUUUCAUCUCUGCAUCCCUUUGACUCGUUGCUUUUUUCCUCAUUCUUCUGUUCUUCAUCCUCUUGUUUUUCAUCUCUUGCUCUUCCUUCUCAAUAUACUCUCCCUCAUUCUUACCUCCCCUUCUCUUCAUCUCCUCAUUCUCUUCUUCUUCUGUCUUUGUCUCAUUCAUUCUUCUGUGCUCUUCCACAUUCCUCUCUUCUCCUCCUCCUUUGGUCUACUUUGCUUCAUUUUUUCUUCUACUACUCCUUAUUUUUCUCCUUCGUCCUGUCUUAAUUUUUUUUCCCUUUACAUUCUCAUCCUCUCCCUUCUAAUGCAUCUGCUACUUUCCAUCUCCUUCUGUUUUCUUCUCCUCCUUUGUCCUUCUUGUCUUCUUUCUCCUCCUUCUUUUCAUUAUUUUGUUGUCCUUCUGUCUUCUACUCCUCCUGUUUUCUUACUCUUCUCUGUUCUCCUUUCUUCUCCUCUUCUUCCUUUUUCUUCUCCUGUUUUAUUUACUUUCCUCUUCUACUCAUUCUUCUUCAUCCCUUUACACUUUGUUCUUCUCCCUCCUUCUCCCUUUCUCCCUCAUUCUUUUAGUCAGGACUUAUUCUAUACACUGUAACAAAUUGCUGUAAAAAUACAGCAUAUUUUGUACAAUAAUAUACCGUUCUUUUUAAAUACAGCUGAAUACUGUAAAUUCAUGUGUUUUUCAAGAACAAAAUAAUAACAGCAAGCUACUGUACAAUCUUACAGUAGAUUACAGUAUUUUUCUGGUUUGGGUUGAUCUGAGUGUGACUGUUGCUGCAGUCCGACUGUUAAUCGUCUCGGCAAAUCUUCCUGCACAUCACCACAUUUAGCAAACAGCCAACACAGAGAAGUGACGAAAUAGGUUUAAAAUAUUCUGUAUCAGUGAUUUUACUCAUUACUGAGGAAAGAACUGGGAGAAAAGGAAGAACUGAGGACGACGAUUUUCGGCCCUCAGAUCUGCAGGGACCAUCUGUAGCUGAUCCAUCCUGCUCCGGUUCACUUAACAAGGUAACUGUGAUUAUUAAAAAGUAAGCCUUAUUUUUAAUUCUGUCAGUCUAUUUAUGUUUUAUUCUUUGACAGUAACAUAAAUAUAGCCAGUUAGUUACUGCUUGGUGUUAGCCACGAGUCGCUAGCAUGAAUGCUAACGUUUCCCACACUUUUAGCUAGCAGCUAGCAUGAAUGCUAACGUUUCCCACACUGUUAGUUAGCAGCUAGCAUGAAUGCUAAGGUUUCCCACACUGUUAGCUAGCAGCUAGUUAGCUAGCAUCCUCCCCUUUGGCUGCAGAGUGGACACAGCUUUGGCUCUUUCUUUUAAACCAGACCAGGAAAAUGAAUUUCUAAGCAACCAGAUCCAACUAGGUUAGGUUAGCUAUCUCUGUCUUUCGUGUAAUUUUCCAUUAAAUAUCCAAUGUGAUGCUCCACUGAUCUGUUAUCAGAUCUCCACAUGUACUUGUCUGCUUUCGACCAUUUAGGUAAUUUCAAGUUUUAAAAAGGUUUGUAGGAUGUGUCAUGUUGCUUUUCUCUCCACUUAGGAAAGGUAAACUUGCUUGUUAUGCAAACGGCUGCAAAAAUUAGAUUUAAAUGUGUAUUGAACUAAAUAGCUGUUUUAAGUGGAACCCUCUGUUUUGCUUAAUAAUUUGAGUUUCCUGUUUGUUUUUUUUGUUGAUGAAUGUGACAGAGUUCCAUAUUAUGUUCAAGGGAUCUUUGCCUACACACCUAAUAUAUUCUUUCUUUGUCAUUUCGUUGUAGGCUCUUUCUUGGUAUCAACCCUGAGAGGGGAACAAAGGGCAGCCAGGAGAAGGUGAUGUUCCAGAGGUCAGGAAGCUGCUCCAGAAAAAGACAUCUACUGUAAAUCCCCAUGUAGUCACCCUUAUAAAAAGACUGAUGGACUCUGAGUGGGACUUCAUGUAAACCCACAACACCUCUCCACACAGGACUUCACUUUCACAAAACAAAACCCCGGUCUGCAACCAGAUGUUCAUGUUGUCAUUUUAAGGUAACAAGUCUCAGUAUUGUGUUGGGUUCAGUAUAAAAUACUUCAAUUCCAGGUUUGUUCCAUGACUAGGUGUUUGUUGAACAUGAUCAUGAGUUAUGCAGGACUGAUUCUAAAGGCAGGGUACAUGAAAUGUGAUAUGCAAUUUUUAUACAGAUUGUUGACAACCUGUUAAACAUCAUUAAUUGUUUUUAUAUAUUUUAUUUUACAAGCCUUGAAUUACUUGACAUUUGUUAGCUGCUGAAUGUGUUCAAUCAAACUCAUUGUACCUGAACUAGAACAUGCCCAAUGAGAACCUGUUCAGCAUGAGGAAAUGAUUGUAUGUUACUAAAAUUGAAUGGGUUAGAUAGGUCAGUUUUUGAAAUAUGUUUGAUACAGAGUUGGCUUUAAUAAAAGCUUGUUGUUGGAGUUGGCUUUAAUAAAAGCUUAUUGUUGGCUUUAAUAAAAGCUUAUUGUUGAAAAGUCAUCUCUUGAAGUCGUCUCUAUUUUUUACACUAAAAAACUGUUGUUUUAGAAUACGGUAGGAUUACUGUAAAAUAACAGUGCGCUGCUGGCAACUUUAGCUGCCAGCUCUUUACUGUAAAUUUACAGGGAAAUUUCUUAGUGUACUCUUUCUUCUUCCGUCUUUUUGUCAUUCUUAUCCCAUCCUCAUAUUUUUUUCUCCAUCCUCCUCCUUUUUCUUCUCCUCUUCCCCUUUUUUCUUCAUCCUCUCCUCUUCCCUCUGCCAGUUUUUGAACUUUUCCUCCCUUUAUUCCUUGUUCUUCCUCCUUCUUCACUUUCUGUCCUCUGUUCUUCUGCUCCUCCUGCUCUGACUUCGACUUCUUUCUCCUUGUCUUUUUCUCCUUCUUCUGCCUUCUAGUUUUCCUCCUUCUGCUCCUUGUUCUUCUCUCUCUCUCAUUCUUUUCUUCUUUUCCUUCUUUCUUAUAUUCUCCUAUUCUACAAUUCCUAUUUUUCUUCUUCCCCUCUGUUCUCCUCUUUUCUUCUCCUUGCCCUUUAUGUUCUCCUCCUUCCUCUCCUACAUUUCCAUCUAUUUUCCCCUCUUCUCAUUGUUUUUCUUCCUCCUUCUCUUCUGCAUUCUUUUCUUCUCCUUUUCCUCAUUUUUUUCUUUCUCUGCUUCCUUCUAUCUUCCUCUCCUACGCCAUCUCCUAGUUUUUCCUUCCUCCUUCUGUCUUCUCCUACUUUCUUCUGUGCCUUUCUCUUGUCCUCCUCCUUCUGUCGCCUUUUUCCUCUUUUUUCCAUCUCUUGCUUCUCUUCCUCCUUCUCCUCCACCUACCGUAAUUUCCGGACUAUUGAACGCACCUGAAUAUAAGCCGCAACCACUAAAUUAAGAGAAAGAAAAAAGUUUUGCACAUGUAUAAGCUGCACCUGACUAUAAGCCGCAGGUGUCCACGUUGUAACAUGAGAUAUUUACACAGAAAGAUUUUUAACUUUUCUUCUGAACAGUGCCUGUAACACGGCAGUGAAACGCAUUGAGUCCGUUCACGCUGACGACUCCAUCUCACCAUGGAUUCAUUGAUGCCAAGCUUUUCUAUUCCUAUUCCUUCUCUGUCUUUUUCUUUUCCUUCUUUGUCUCCUUACACUAUUCCCUCUUCUCAUCUCUUCCUCCCUUUUCUCCUUCCAUCUUCUUUUUGUCCUUUUUCAUUCUCACUCAUUCUUCCUUUUUUGUCAUUCUUGUCUUCUCUUCCUCCUUCAUUUUCUCCCCUUCUCCAUUUUUGUUCUCCUUCUUCCUCUUCUACAACUCAUGUUUCUUCAUCUGUUCCUCCCUUUACACCUCUUCCUCGCCUUCUUCCUCUACUCUCUCAUUCUUCAUCUUCACUUUCCCUUCUACUCCUUGUAUUCAUUCUUUCCUUUUCUUUUUCUCUUGCUAAGUCUUACCUUCUCCUUUUCUACUUCAUUCUUGUCUAUACCCUCUUCCUUUCUCUGUCAUCUUCUACUACUCCUUUUUAUCAUCUUCUCCUCCUUCUUACCCUCUCUUCGUCUCCUUACACUACUGCCUUUUCUCAUCCCUUCCUCCCUUUACUCCUUGUUCUUCUGUGUCCUUUUUCAUUCUUUUAUCCUCAUCCUUCUUGUUGUUCUUGUCUUCUCCUCUUGCUUAUUGGUUUUCUUCUCUUCCUCCUUUUUCUUCUACUCCAUUUUUCUUCAUGUUCUCCUCUCUCUUCUCUUCUACUACUCAUUCUUCUUCAUCUCUUUUUAAUCUUCCUCAUUGUUUUCUUCUCCUUCUUUCUCCUCCUUUUGUCUACUUCUUUCUCCUUCUUUGUCUUGUCCUUCUUCUCCAUAUCCUUCUUUCUAGCCUUUGUCUUCUACUUUCUCCACCUCCUUCCUCUUCUCUUUCUUUCUCAUCCUCAUUUUGUCUCCGAGUCUUACUUUUUCCUCCUCCUAUUUGUCAGUGUCCUUCCCCUUUUUUCUUUGUGUUCUCCACUCUUCUUCCCUCUGAUUCUUGUCCAUCUUUCUCACUUAUUCUUCUUUGUUUUCUCCCUCCUUCUCCACUUCCCUCUUUCGCCUCCUUUUCUGUAUUCUCCUUUCUUCUCCUUCUCAAAUUCCUUUGUCUUCUGCUUCCUUCUCCUCAUUCUCUAUCUUUUCUUUUGUCUAAUUCUUUUAACUCCUUCUCAAUCUUCUCCUUGUUCUCCUCCUGUAGCCAACCUUUUUCACCUCUUCCUUCGUCUACUCCUUGUUUUUCUUCCGUCUUCCCUUUCCUCUCCUCCUAUCUUUUUCUUCCGCUUUCUUUCUUCUCCUUCUGUCUCCUACUCUUUCUUUGUCUCCUUUCUCCUCCUCCUUCUUGCUUUCUUCCUCUUCUUUUCAUCCCUUCCUCUCCUUGCUUCUCUUUCUGCUCUUCCCCAUCCUUCUCUUCUCCUUCUAUCUUGCCAUUCUUUUCUCAUCUCCAUCUUCUUUUUCUUCUCCUCCCCUCCAAUUUUCCUCCUUCCUCUCCUCUUUGUUCUUUUUUUAUCCUCUGUGCCUUGUUUCUUUUUUCUCUGCCUCUCCUAUUUCGACUACUUUUCCAUCUCUUCCUCCCUUUACUCCUCGUUCUUCUUCUUACUAUGUCUCCUCCUUCUCUUCCUCAUUCUGUCCUUCUCCUCCACUUCUCGUUUUUUCUCUUCUUCAUUCUUGUCUUGUCCUUUUCUACCUCAUUCUUUUCUCCUCUUUUUGUUGUGUCCUUCUCUUCCUUUUGUUUUUGUCUCCUCCUUCUGUUGUCUUCUUCAUCUCUGCCUAUCUCUACUCCUUGCUCUUCCUCCUUUUUCUAAUUCUCUUCCUUGGAAGGAAAAGAAAAGUUUCUUCAGUCUUCUCCUUCAUUCUCCUUUGUCGUUUUCUUCCUCUUUCUUCCUCUUCCUCCUGACUGCUUCUCCUUUAUUGUCCUUUUGUCUUUUCUUUCUUCUGUCUUCUUUUUUCUUCCUCAUUCAUUUUUCCUUCUCCUGCAUCUUCUCCUUCUUUCUCUAUCUCCAACUCCUUGUUUUUCCUCCUUCUACUCUUUGUCUCCUUUCUCCUCAUCCUCCUAUCUUCUCCUCCCUCCUCUUCACUUUUCAGCUGUUACUUAAUCUGCUCCUUGUUCUUUUCCCUUCUUCUUCUCUCUAUCGUUCUUUUCUACUCCAUCUCUGUCUUUGUGUCAUUUAUCUUCUUCUUUAUUGCCAUCUUUCUUCCUUCUGAUAUCUCCUUUCUUCUCCUUUGUCUGCAUCUCCUGCUUCCAACUCCUCCUUCUGUCACUUUCUUUUUCAUCUCUUCCUUCCUCAUUUCCUUGUUUAUCUUUGUCCUUAUUCUUUUCCUUAUUUUCCUUCCUCUUUUUCUCAUCUUUUUGAAGAUGCUUCCUUCUUUUUCUGCUCUUCCUUCUACAUUUAUUUGCCUUUUCCCCAGUCCUUUCUUCUCCUCUUGUCGUCUCCAUCUUUCUUCUUCUCCUAUCUUUUUCUCCUUUCUCCCCCUCUAUUCUGUCAUCUUCUGCUUUGUCAUUCUGUAUAUUCUUUUGCUUGUUUCUUCUUAUCUUUCUCCUUUUAUUGGCCUUCUUCCUGUCCUCAUUCUUUUCUACAUUUUCCCCUGUUGUUUUGUUCUUUCUCCUCUACCUUCUCUGUCCUCUUCUUCCUCCUAUUUUUAAUUUCUUUCUCCUUCUUUUCCUUAUUCUUUCCUUCUCUUCUUUGUUCUUUUCCAUUGCUUGCUUUUUUCCUUCAUGUUCUUUUCUUCCUUCUACUACAUUUCUGUCUCUUCCUCCCUUUCCUCCUUCUUGUCUUCAUUCGUUCUUCUUUGUCUUCUCCUUUCUUCUUCUCCUCUGCCUUUUUUCUCUACUUUAUUCUUCUCAUACUUGUCAUUUUUCCUUCCCCUACUCUUUGGUUGUCCUCCCUCAUUUUCUCCUGCUGUUGCCUUUUUCAUCUCCUUUUUAAUCUCUUCUUCCCUCUGCUCUUUGUUUCUUCCUCCUAUUCCUCAUUCUUUUUACCCCUUCUGUCUCUUCCUCUUGCUGUCUUUUUCCUCUCUCCUUCCUUCUGUCUUUGUCUCCUUUGUCUUCCUCCUUCAGUCUUCUCCUCUCCUUUUUCUUCUCCUCCUUUCUUCAUUGUCUCCUCCUUCUACUGCUCCCAUUUUUCAUCUCGUCCUCCCUUUACCACUUGUUCUUCGUCCUCCUCCUAUGCUUCCUCAGUCUCUUCCUCUUUCUUUUCUUCUCCUUCUGUCUUGUCUUUCACGUUGUCUGACGUCUUUUUCUUCAUUCUUCUUCUGUCCUUGUCUUUUUUCUUAACAUCAUCUGCUUCUCCUCACUCAUUCCUUUCUUUCCUUCUUUGUAUUCUCAUUCUUUCUCCUCCUGCUUUUCAGUUUUUUCCUUUAUCCUGCUUCUUCUUUUCUGUUCUUGUUCUUUUCCAUCUCUUCCCUCAUUCACUAUUCUUUGUCCUCAUUCUUCUCUUCUCCUGUCUCUUGGUCAUUCUUUACUGCUCCUCUUUUUUCUUAUCAAAUAAAUAUCAAGUACAUUAAGUAUGGACUUACAGACUUGACAGUGAUGUCUUUGAAGUACAAACUCCUGAGGAUGGGAGGAUGAAUCGUGACCAUUCUGUAAUCUGGACAUCAGUGUCCUUGAUGAUGUUGCAUCUUGGUGGUGGACUUGCCUGUAUUUUCACCUUCAUGUUUACUGUAUUAUACCCAUAUUUACAAUAAAAGAGCAUGCACAACAACAAAAAAGCUGUCUAUUUUCCUUUGAAUACUACAGUUGAAUAUUAGAAUAUUACCAUAAAACCACCUUGAAGCAGAGGAGGAAGCAGCACAACUAUGGAGGCAGAUCUGGGCAGGAAGAAUCAGGAUGUCGAAGAGAAGAAGGGGAGGAGCCCUGUUAGCUUGUCUCUCUAAAAACAUGUUCCUUAUGUUCAUCUCAACCAGGCAUGUCCAAAGUCCAGCCUGUGGUCAGAUUUUACACAGCCGCUGUCAUAUAAUGUAUAAUUUGUGGCCCUUCAGUGCUGUCGAAGAGAAUAUGCAUAUCUCUGAGAUACAAAAUGCAAUUCUGUGUUGUUGAAUGAUGGCAGCAAUGCUCUGUUACUUCCCUCUGACUAUGUAACUUCUCUGUGACCCUUUCCAGACGAUUUCUUAAACGGAAACUGCAGAUUUUUAAAAAAGAAAGGAAAGACACUACCAGUCAAAACAUUCUAGUGCAUAUGACACGUUACCCAGGAGCAACCGCACUAAGAAGGUGAAGCAACUGGAAGCAGUCUUUGUUUCACAGCAAUGCUUUUUCUAUCUUGGGGAGACAAAAGGACAAUUCCUGGCAAACAAGGGACAAUGCAUGCCACAACUAUCAGAUCCUGUAUGGCUGGCAGAUUUGGCAUUUUUAGUUGUCUAAAUAAAGCAUCUGAAUGCGCUGAACAUGAGACUUCAAGCAUAAGAUGCAGCGGUGAGCCAGUUGUCUGCACACAUCAAAACCUUUGGAACCAAGCUGCAACUUUUCCAAAAACACUCGUCACAAACUGAGCCUGACAUUGCACAUUACUCAGCUCUACAGGAGGUAAUAAACAGUUUUCCACAGUACAAUAUUAAUACAUAAACAAUGAGUUUACCAACUCUCAGCUAUUGAAAAUGAGAUGUUGCUUUUUUCAUCUCCUUUCUCUGUGGACCCUGAUGAUGCUCCUCAUCAACUGGAGCUCAUUGAGCUGUAUGUGAACUGGUUAUCUGUUUUGAAUUUGAUAGUUGACAGACAGCAUUUCAGUGUCCAUACUAAGUCAUGUUUAAAAUGAACCUAUUAUGAUAUUUAUAAGCUUCCUGGAGGUUUUUUCUUUAUGUAACUGGGCCCUCCUGAUAUGAGAAGUGGUGAUUUUAAAACCUGUUUAUGUCUGGGUAGCUUACGUUUAUUUGCAUUCCCAUGUCAAUAAAUGAAAAUUGUCAUAUAUAAAACUUACAUAAAACAAUGCAUUUGCGUUUCGAUUUAAUGGUUCAAAGAAUGUGGGACAGGAUGGUUGGCCCUCGGGCAUUAUCACAUUACCAAAUGUGAUCCAGAUUCAGACUGAGAUAUACAAGAACGACCCAGUAGAGGGAGCAUUUAAAGUCUAUGAAGACUUUGUGUUGUACAAGUCUGGCAAGAACACAUGCACCAGUAAGAGAUGUGAUGCAAACACACAUUACACUGAAUAUUGAGUACAGGGUGAACCCUAACUGCAUAUUGUGCUCAGUGAUACAGUGUGUACAGUGUUGCUUGGGACCUCGUGGUUCCUACUUGUGUUUCUUGCGUCCUCUUCCUGUCUCCAGGUGUGUAUCAGCAUGUUUCAGGCUCUGCUGUGGGUAGACAUGCCAUCAAGAUCCUGGCUGGGGAGAGGAGGAUGGUGUUUCCUACUGGCUCUGUGUCAACUCCUGGAACACUGACUGGGGUGAUAAUGGUAAGCAGAGACAUGUAUUUUACUACUUUCAAGUUGCACAAAGUGAUCACUUUCAUUAUAAACAGGAGCUCUUCUACACUAAGACAGUGGGAUAUUAGAAUCACUGCAGUAUAACACACCACCUGCAGCCUUAAGUGACCACACUGCUGAACCAGCAUUUUUCUCACGGUGUCUCAGAAACAUAACCUUCAUAAAGACUUAGAUUGUCUUAGACUGUGACAGGGAUUCUCAGAUAAAACCUAAGGUAAGACAACAAACCAGCAAGUGAUAAGGAUGUGAAGUAUUUUCCAUGAACAAGUCUGUGAAUAUUGUGUACCUUGAAAGCAUAACUCUGCUAUUGUGUUGCAGUAAUUUCUCUUAACCCAGAUUGGCUUGCAUCGUAUUCGAGCACAAGCCUUGCUGGUCUUAAUUGACAGUGAAUGAAUAAAUGCCUUUUUCCCACCCUGUAGAUCCGAUUUCAAGUUUUGAGAUGCAGCGUCGUUACAUCAUCACUAGAGGGGACACACUCCUCUUGUCUGUCAUAGAACUGUGACAGCAAUUUACUGCUUUUAGUCCCUUUAGAGCCGACUGAUGGCUUUGCUGUAAAAAGAAAGCCCCAUGUUAUGUGUGCAAACGUAAAAAGUCAAGCAGCCUUCACUUCACUCAGGUGGAUUUGCAGAUGUAUUAGCAAAAAUAGCAAGAAUGUGCCUGUACACAAAUCUCCAUUGUUGAAUGGAUGAUGUGUCUCUGUGAGAGGACAUAAGAAAAGGUGAGACAAAAGCUUACACAGGAAGAUCAUUUUCAAAGACACACCUGUGCAAUUAAUUAUAUCUCUGCUGCUUUGAUGCCAGUUGUCACUGUCUUAGAAGUGAUUGAAUUGUUUUGAAUGAAAUAAAAAAGCUAUGAAUCUUUGGUCCUUUGGGGUUUUUACUCAAUGUCCAACAUUUUUUGGCUGAUUUCAAAUCUUACAAGCCUUCCUCUGGAUUAAAAUAGACACACACAAAGGUUUGGACACACUUUCUCAUUUAAUGUUUUUUCUUUAUUUUCAUGACCGUUUACAUUGUAGAUUCUCACUGAAGGCAUCAAAACUAUGAAUGAACACAUAUGGAAUUAUGUAUUAAACAACAAAGCAUGUUUUGUAUUUUGGAUUCUUCAAAACAGCCACCCAUUGCUUUGAUUACUGCUUUGCACACUCUUGUCAUUCUCUCAAUGAAUGAACCUGAAAUGGUUUUCCAACAGUCUUGAAGGAGU